UUCUGCCCUUUGUUUCUUCUGAAGUCCUCGUGACAGUUGGAUUUCAAGCUUGAAAGCCAUAAACUGUUCAGAAGAUGGAAAGCUGAAGAAUAAUACAUGCUUGUGAUCAUCUAUGAGAAAGCGAUAACAGUUUGGCCCAUUCAAGGCAACAUUUUGAUCAGUAAAAGGCAGCCAAAAUCACUCCUUUAAAAAAAGAUAAAAAAAAGAAAAAAGAAAAAAAAAGAAAAAGGAAAAGAAAGCACAGAGAGAGAGAGAGAGAGAGGCAAUAUGUGGAAGCUGAAGAUUGGGGCAGAGACAGUUGGUGAAGGAGGGAGUGAUGGGUGGCUGAGAAGUGUGAACAGUCACUUGGGGCGGCAGGUUUGGGAGUUCCACCCGGAGCUGGGCACCCCGGAAGAGCUUCGGCAAAUCCAAGAUGCUCGUGAUGCUUUCUUCAAUCAUCGCUUCCAUAAGCAGCACAGCUCCGACCUCCUCAUGCGGAUUCAGUUUGCAAAGGAGAAUCCCUGUGUUGCUAAUCCGCCACAAGUAAAGGUUAAAGAUACAGAUGAGGUCACAGAAGAAUCGGUGACGACCACUUUAAGAAGGGCUAUCAACUUCUAUUCCACAAUCCAAGCACAUGAUGGUCAUUGGGCUGGGGAUUACGGAGGCCCUAUGUUUCUACUUCCUGGUUUGGUCAUUACACUUUCAGUCACAGGAGCUCUAAAUGCUGUUUUGUCGAAAGAACAUCAAUGUGAGAUGUGCAGAUAUAUUUACAAUCACCAGAAUGAAGAUGGGGGCUGGGGACUGCAUAUUGAAGGACCCAGCACCAUGUUUGGAACGGUAUUGAAUUAUGUUAGUUUGAGGUUGCUUGGUGAAGGUGCUGAGGAUGGGUUAGGGACGAUUGAAAAUGCACGUAAAUGGAUAUUGGAUCAUGGUGGCGCGACUGCAAUUACUUCAUGGGGGAAAAUGUGGCUUUCAGUACUUGGAGUAUAUGAGUGGUCAGGGAAUAAUCCACUGCCUCCAGAAGUAUGGUUAUGUCCUUACACUCUCCCAUUUCAUCCAGGAAGAAUGUGGUGUCAUUGUCGGAUGGUAUAUCUGCCAAUGUCAUAUUUGUAUGGCAAGAGGUUUGUUGGACCUAUCACACCCACAAUUAGAUCUCUAAGGAAGGAGCUCUAUACGGCCCCCUACCAUGAAAUUGAUUGGAACAGAGCUCGCAAUGAAUGUGCAAAGGAAGAUCUGUACUAUCCACACCCACUGGUUCAGGAUGUUCUAUGGGCAUCUCUUCACUAUGUAUAUGAACCUAUUUUUAUGCGCUGGCCUGCGAAAAAAUUGAGGGAGAAGGCAUUGUCAACUGUAAUGCAGCAUAUUCACUAUGAAGAUGAGAAUACUCGGUACAUAUGUAUAGGGCCUGUUAACAAGGUAUUGAAUAUGCUUUGUUGCUGGGUGGAGGACCCAAACUCAGAGGCAUUCAAGUUGCAUCUUCCUAGAAUAUCUGACUAUUUGUGGAUUGCAGAAGAUGGCAUGAAAAUGCAGGGCUAUAAUGGAAGUCAAUUAUGGGAUACUGCUUUUGCUGUUCAAGCAAUAGUGUCAACUGAUCUUGCUGAAGAAUAUGGACCAACAAUAAGAAAAGCACACGAAUAUAUUAAAAAUUCACAGGUCUUAGAAGAUUGCCCUGGAGAUCUAAAUUUUUGGUACCGUCACAUUUCGAAGGGUGCUUGGCCAUUCUCAACCGCAGACCACGGAUGGCCUAUCUCUGACUGCACAGCAGAAGGACUGAAGGCUGUUCUAUUACUAUCACAACUUUCAUCAGAAACAGUUGGGGAUUCACUAGAUGUGAAGCGACUAUUUAAUGCUGUGAAUGUUAUCCUUUCCUUACAGAAUGGUGAUGGUGGCUUUGCAACUUAUGAAUUGACUAGAUCAUACCAGUGGUUGGAGCUGAUCAAUCCUGCAGAAACUUUUGGAGACAUUGUUAUUGAUUACCCAUAUGUUGAAUGUACCUCGGCAGCCCUUGAAGCACUUACACUGUUCAAGAAAUCAUAUCCUGGGCAUAGGAGGGAAGAAGUGGAAAACUGUAUUACUAAUGCUGCAAUGUUCAUUGAAAAUAUACAAGCAAAAGAUGGCUCUUGGUAUGGAUCCUGGGGAGUCUGCUUCACAUAUGCAGGGUGGUUUGGAAUAAAAGGGUUGGUGGCAUCUGGGCGGACAUACGAAAAUUGUCCCAGUAUUCGUAAAGCAUGUGAUUUUCUGCUGUCAAAAGAACUUCCUUCAGGUGGUUGGGGAGAAAGUUAUCUAUCAUGUCAGAACAAGGUCUACACAAAUCUGAAGGACAAUAAGCCUCAUAUAGUCAAUACUGCAUGGGCCAUGUUGGCAUUAAUUGUUGCUCGACAGGCUGAGAGAGAUCCGAUGCCACUGCACCGUGCGGCAAGAAUACUGAUAAAAUCUCAAAUGCAUGAUGGAGAUUUUCCUCAAGAGGAGAUCAUGGGAGUGUUCAACAAGAACUGUAUGAUAAGCUAUGCAGCAUACAGGAACAUCUUUCCUAUAUGGGCCCUUGGAGAAUAUCGUCUUCAUGUAUUGCGCUCCCUUUAAUUACUUAAUGGAUGUAAACUAAUAUCAGUCACUCAACUUGUACCUUUGUUUUCUUUAUUUUUAUAAUCAACUACCAUGCAAUUAGUUGGGAAAUUUUGUAUUAUGCAUUGCAAAAGUACGUGAAUUUAGCCCCUUGUUUUUCCUUA